AAGAAAGAAGGAACCAUGACAGGCAUAUGGAAAGCACCAUUUGCCAUCUAUUUGUUUAGUUUUCUGGGACCUUUGGUGACUGCUACCAUAGAACAUUAUACAAGAUUUCCUUUCAAUUUAAAAUUUAACCAUGUGCAACAUAAAUGCCCCCCCAUACAGAAUGGGCAAGAUGAUCUUCCAGGCUUUGACCUGAUUUCAAAGUUCCAAAUAGACAAAGCUGCAUCUGUUGGCGCCAUCCAGACAGUGGUUGGCACAUCUCCAUACCAAGUGGCAUAUCAGUUAGGGACAAAGGUUGACUUCAGGAUUUUAACCAGGUACAUAUAUGGUAGUGGGCUGCCAGAAGAAUUUUCCUUUAUGUUCACCUUUCGAAUGAAAGAAAGCACAAGGAACAAAUACUGGAGUAUCUGGCAAAUUGUAGAUGCAAAUGGCAAGCAACAAGCUGCAAUUAAUUUCAAUGGCCCAAAGAAAGCUCUUGAGUUUUCAUACAUAGGAGCCAAUGGACAACUCAACACUAUCAGUUUCUCACAUCUCCCCUUCCUCUUCGAUACCAAGUUCCACAAGGUUCUUUUCAGUGUUGAGAAGAAUAGACUUUCACUUUUUAUUGAUUGUAUCAAAGUGGAUUCAUUCCAGAUGGUUCCUAGAGGCAAAAUUAGCUUGGAUGGAUAUACAAUAUUGGGAAAACUGAAGAGUAACCAUGAAAUAUCUGUCCCGUUUGACCUUCAGUGGAUGUUAAUUCAUUGUGAUCCCCUGAGACCCCAAAGGGAGUCGUGCACUGAACUUGAGGCUAGAAGAGCGGUAAGUUAUACCAUGGCUACGUUUGCCUGGGGUGGAGGGGCCCUACGACUGGUGUGGGUCCUACAGAUACUCAGCAUCUGCUUGGCUCAAAGAGGACCCCCCGGACCUCCCGGACCAGUUGGCCCCCCUGGAUCUUCAGGUGUUCCUGGCAUUGAUGGCAUAGAUGGUGACAGAGGUCCAGAUGGUCCACCAGGGCCACCGGGCCCAGAUGGGGAUCCAGGCAGACCAGGAUCUCCCGGAUUACCAGGCGAGCCAGGAGCUGAUGGAUUAACUGGACCUGAAGGAUCGAAUGGACCCGCCGGAUCAAGAGGUCAAAAAGGUGAACCAGGCCUGCCAGGAUCUCGUGGCCUCUCAGGUGGAGGAGUUUCUGGUCCACGGGGUACACUAGGUGCUCCUGGACUCCCUGGAGAAUUAGGCCGCAUUGGUCCAGUGGGUGAUGAAGGCGCAAGAGGACCUCCAGGACCUCCAGGACCACCGGGACCAAGGGGUACCGUUGUACAUGAUGGGGAUCCACUGUGUCCAAAUGCCUGCCCUCCAGGUCGUCCGGGAUAUCCAGGUUUGGCUGGAAUGAAGGGUCAUAAAGGUGUAAAAGGAGAAGCUGGCGAACCAGGAAAACAAGGUCAUAAGGGAGAAGAAGGUGAACAAGGAGCUGUUGGUGAUAUAGGGACCCAAGGACCGCCUGGACCGCAAGGUCUAAGGGGUAUCACUGGCGUCAUGGGUCAUAAAGGCAGCAAGGGUGGUCGUGGAACUGACGGAGAACCUGGUCCUCGGGGUAUUGCUGGUGCGACUGGUGAUCAAGGCCAGAGAGGUGGUGUAGGAGAAGCUGGGCCAAAAGGUGACCGAGGCACCCAAGGACCAAGGGGCAUAACAGGAAUGCCUGGAUCCAAAGGAGAGUCAGGAUUGCCUGGUGUCAAUGGCCGCGAUGGCAUCCCUGGAAUGCCAGGAACAAAAGGUGACUCUGGAGAACCUGGAGCUCCCGGAGAAGCAGGAGUGCAAGGUUUACCUGGUUUGCCAGGAAAUCCAGGUGCAAAAGGAACUGCUGGGGAGAAGGGUAACUCUGGUUCUCCUGGAGUAGCUGGACUCAUGGGAAAUUCUGGUAAACCUGGUGAUCAAGGUCCUGCAGGAGAAGUUGGCCCAAUUGGACCUAUGGGGCCCUCAGGUGCAAGAGGAGAGACUGGUCCUAUUGGACCCCCUGGACCACCUGGGAAACAAGGUCCUCUGGGAGAUCCUGGAUUUAUUGGCCUUCCUGGUCCACCUGGUCUUCCUGGAUUGAAAGGCGACAGGGGUGGCGUUGGAGAGAAUGGACCAAAAGGUGAGCAGGGAAGCGCUGGAGAAGAAGGGUUUGGAGGAGAAAAGGGUGAACAAGGUGAUAUCGGAAAUCCUGGUGCUAAGGGAUCUACUGGAAGCCCUGGAGAACCUGGUAACCGUGGUAAAGAAGGAAGCCGGGGACAACCUGGAGUAGAAGGCCCUCAAGGAUCCUCUGGACCUCGUGGAAUGCAGGGUGAACACGGUGCCCCUGGACUGCCUGGAAGUCAGGGCCCACCAGGCAAAGAACCAACAGAUCCGCACAUUAAGCAAGUCUGCAUGAGAGUUUUGCAAGAACAGUUAGCUAACUUGGCUGCCAGUUUACGAAGGCCUGAAUCUGGGGCUGCUGGUUUACCGGGAAGGCCAGGACUACCAGGGCCACCAGGGCCACCAGGUGAUAAUGGUUUACCUGGACAUCUUGGUGCCAGAGGACUUCCUGGACUCAAAGGUCCAAAUGGUGAGAUUGGACUUAAAGGUCCAAAAGGUGACACAGGAGAGAGAGGAGAAAGGGGAUUACCAGGAAGAGGUCCAAAGGGAUUUCCAGGACUGCCAGGUCUUACAGGUGAACCAGGUAAACCAAGUUAUGGUCAGGAUGGACGUGAUGGAGAAAGAGGUCCACCUGGUCCCGGUGGGCAGCCUGGCAUUCCCGGACCUCCUGGGCCUCCUGGGCACGCUGGAUACUGUGAUCCUUCCUCAUGCAGCCUUCAAGCCAUUGCAGCUCCUCAGUCAGCUAAAGAUUCUAAUGAGAAAGGGCCUUGAACUGUUUCUUACCUGUCAUUGUCUGCCCUCGCAAGUGACAUCACAGAAUGAAUUCAAAGGAAAAAUGUUACCAACAAAGCUCAUUCAUUCUGCACAGCAGACAUUAACAUAAUGUGUGUAUGUGGUAAAGAAAAAAAGAAACUCCAAAAUUUGGAAAUGAUGGUGCUCACACAAUAUUACAAGAAGACCUCCAUAAUGCCCAUGCGGUAACACAUAAAGAAUAAUUGUUCAAAUAAACAUUUUAUAUUGCUACUUUUCUGAGUCAAACGGAUACAUGUAAAGGAAGAAGAUAUGUGUGUUGCUUUUACUUCAACUUUUAACCACCGCCUUACAAGUGUUAAAAACCCAAUGAAUAUGUUCUAGAAAAGAUAAAUUGUCUAUGUAUUAUAUUGUAUACUUAAGAGAAAUCUAAUGUCAGGCAGCAUUGAUAUAAAAAUAAAACUGAGCAUGCUGCAUAUCAAACACAGCAAGGAUUCUGCCCUCUUUGCUGAUAAGAGCUGCAAGUGAAGACUGAUGUUUCCCAUAAACCUUUAGGUGCUUUUUAUCCAAUCACUGUGAUUUAAUUUCUGUAAAAGAAAGGAUAGAUAUUCAUGUAAAAUAUGUCACUCUGAAACUAACCUAUGAUGUAAAUCUCUGUAAAUGUGUUAUGUGGGAUAUUCUGACAAGUGAUAUGUCAGCAGAAUUUAGUGUAAUUAGACAACCUGUACCAGUCAUUGUGUGUAUGAAAUGUGCGCCAUCCAACACCUCAACUGUGUGACAUCAGCAAUACAAUGUGAUGAAAGUGAUGAGAUUUUUUUUUUUAAUAUCCAGAAAUAAAAAUCGUUUGAUAGCUGAGAAUAUUUAUUUUCAUGUGGCAUUUCUGGUUGUACAAAAAAGGAAGAAAUAAAUACUGUUUCGUAA